CUAUUCGUACAUCUCUCCCACGGCGACGUCCCACCUGUAUGUAUCAUCCUUAACUAGUUAAAAAUUUAUAUUCGUUUAAAUAUCUAUUUAUAUAUAAGGCUACAAGCCAUUCUACGUAUGAACCGGUCUGUUUAUUAGUGUUUUAUAGUUUUGUCCAGGAUAAUAAUAAUAAUUUCUAACUACCCCCUAAUAGUAUAUACUAAAAAAUAUACUCUAUAAAUGGUAUAAAUUAUACAGGAAAUAGUCGAAUAUGGGUCCAAACAAAACUAUUCUUGUCUUUACCAUAUAUGGUUAAGAAAAGAAAAGAAAAAGGUUAAAUAUGGGUCUAUGUACAAACCUAUAUAUAAUCUCUUGGUUGGUUUUAGUUCGGAUUUCAGUUUCACAGUGAGGAUCAAAGAAUGACCUUUGGAGAUAUACAAUGUCUUUUAUCAAUUUGACCUAAUCUUCUUAAAUCAUUAUUUUCUUUCGUCUUUAUCUGACUCGCGAUUUUAGUCGAUCUCAAUUCAGAGAAUUCCGUUUGGAGUUGAUAUCUUCCUUUUUUUUCUCAAGCAUGACUAAUAAUAUUAAUUUUAUUUUACUAUAUAUCUAUAAAGCUUUUUUCAUAUGUGAUUCUUAGUUCUUUUAAAGUUUUUUAAAAGGUAUUAGGAGCCGAGACGUUAUCUUUAUAAAGACGAUCAUUCAAAACAACUCGUUUAAAAUACUUUUAGCUCUGGAUGUUGUUUCUUCAGUAAGACAAUAGUUUGUUUUUUUAAUGUGUAACGAUAACUUUGUAACCAAAUAUAUAUUGUUCGCAAUUUUGUCUUUUCUCUUCGAAUGUGAUUGCGGAUGCAGCGUGCUGUCACGCAGCCGAUGACGGCUCAUCAACUAAUGCGAUAUUCAGAUGAGAUGUAAAUUAGUUAUUCGAAGUGAUGGUGAUGACUCUAGUAAUGUUAUGUUUAUACCCUAAUGACUAAUGUAACAUAUUACUCAGAAUUUGGAUAACACUUUCACAUAUAUAAUUUAGAAAUGUAAUCACCGAUUACGAUAAUAUUUUUCUGACGACUGGGACUCGUAAGUUAAAAGAGAUCAAGGUGGAAGGAAAAGGAAUGUGAACACACAAAACAAACAGAUCACGUGGACAGCUCUUAUGACUUCACUUUCAGACACAAGUCACCACCCAAAAAUACAGUCACGUAUUGGUCCUAUGCGAUCAUUUUGCUAGAAAAUUAAAAGCAAAAAUACCUUUUUCCAACCAGUAUUCAUUAAAAACGGAAAGAGGACAAAAAGUUAUAUGAAGAUAGAUAGUUAGAUACGAUUCAUUCGAUAUCAUACAAAUCUUCUCCGACUAUAGAUAUAUCGUUCGUAAGAGUAGUUCAUAGUUAUUGACUGUUGACUCCCAAAUUUGGUAAAACUUUGAAAUUUCAACAUAAAAUAAGUUCAGUAUUUUUUAUUUAGAAAUUAUUAUAAAAUACCUUAAAUGUCACAAAACAAAGUUUUAUUCUAUGUAUAAAGUAGUAAUGCUGGUACAUAAAAUAUAGACCUUAGAUCUCUUAUGCUUCGUCAACCUCAACGAACCUAUCUAAUUUCUUUAUUUCAUUAAAGCACAUAACUCUUUUAAAAGGGUUUCAUGAGCUUUGGGAAAUACCUUAUUGAUAACAACCAAACUCUCUUUCUAUAUAUCUGGUCAGCCAUAUUAUCAUCCAUUUCAACCAUUGGCUUUAAGAAAAAUAAACAAAUAAACGCUUAAACAGUAUCUAAGAUAAAAAAAAAUGGUUCGAUUAAAUUAGUCAUAAAAUAUAAUUAAAAUACUAAUUAUAGAAUAUAUUUAUUUUGAAUUUUUUUAUUAAAUAUUAUUUAAUUAAUUAACUUCUCCCAUUGAAUUUUUAAAACAAGUGAUAUAAGAAAAAAAUGUAAACAAUUUAUAUAUAAAAAUAGAGAAAGUAAAGCACUUUUGCUACCGUCCAAAUAACGAUUAAGAUGGCUCUCCCAGAUGUCAGUUAAUGAGUGGAUUCAAGCUGGCAAAAUAAAUUUUAUACUCAAUAAUCCUUUAGUUGCACGCUAUAAUCUUUCGGCGCGAGUCGAGCUACGAUUUAUAUAGUGGAGUAAUAUGUAAGAUAAGCACCGUACCCAUAUGACCUUUAGAAUUUGAACAUUAAUUACUGACAUUUGGUUUAGUAAUAUUUUAAUAUAGCUUUUCAUUUAUAAAAUGAUUGAUAUAUAGCCCAUUUUUAAAGAUCAUGGAGAAUAGUCCACCGUCAAUCCGCGAAGUUGUUACCAUUGUUAACGUAAUUAAUGUUCAUUAUAUUACUAGUAAACAUUUCAAUAAUCGGAGGUUAAUCUAUGUCUCUAUCUAUUCUGUGGAAAAAUCCAUCGUUUAAAGUUUAAACGAUAAAAACAAGACGUGUAGAAUAUGAUAAAAACACAUGUCAAAGAAAACGGACGACUAAUAUUUCUUGACGAAUAAAGAGCCCACCACAUAAGUUGUUUUUGGGGUCAACGGCCGGCGCCCACCACAUAACUAAAGUUGAGUAAUUCAGUAAAUCUCGGGGUAUUAAAUUAAGUAAAGACACUAAUUUCAUGGUGUAUGCGCAAAAAUAUACUCCCACGUGCGUCGGCACGUGCUCCGUGAACCUAGAUUCACUUUGUCGACAGCUUUCUCGUGUUCCUCAUCUCUCUGUUCAGCUAUUCUGAUGAAACACACAUACAUGCUCUCUCUCCCGUACAGUUAUUUUAAUGGAAGUUAUAUUCGAAAAACAUAAAAAGAAGUAUUAUAUUCGGUGAAAAAGAAGCAUUAUAUUCCUAAUAAUGUUUGUGUGGGAAAUGCGAAUAAUAGUCUUUUAUUUUGUUUUCCAAUUCACAUACCACUACUAUAUUCCAUUGCCAAAACUUCCAAAUGAAACCAAUAGUUAAAAUGAUUUAUUUUAUUGGAAUUGUUUGAAAGAGAACAUUGUUUAGAGUACAUUGAUACUGUUACAAUAAAAAUUUGAAAAUGUAAUUUAUAUAAAUAAAUCAUAUAUAAACCAUGAUGAGAUGAUAAUAAAAUAUAUUUUUCUAAGACGUUACUCAAGAAAAAAGGAAGAUGCUAUUAAAGAUAUAAAAUUGAUUAUUACUCUUUUUAUAGAGAAAAUGAGCAAGGAGAUAUGAAUGACGGUACAUACUAUAAAAAGUUUAUUUUUGUGGAUGACGUACGUACAUGGUUUUGAUAACUUUCAUUACAAAGCAAGUUAACUUCCUUUGACCAGAGGAUUUAUUACAGGUAAAGUACCGAAACUUGUAGAACAUUUUACACUGAACACUAGAAAACAAAGCUAGAAACAGUUUCAGUUUCUUGAUUUAAAUACUACACGUUAACCACCACUGUGGAAAGAAAAAAAGAACUUAUCUAAAAUAUUUGGACUCUCUAACGUAACCGCAGAAAGAAAAAAAGAAUAUUUAAAUAUAAGUUCAUUAUUUUAACACAAAACAAAGAACAAACAGAGAGAAAGAGAAACGUUAAACAGAGAGAUAGAGAGAGUUGAGUUCGACCUUUUAAAACUUUGAGACUCCAUACGGUUCACUCUGAUUCGCAGAGAGUUUCGAAGAAACGACAGAAUCACAACGACUAAUUAAAAAAAUAAAACUAUUUCGUUAAUCCAAUCCGUAAGUACCUUCAUUGUUAUUGUUUAUUACAUAAGCUCCUCUCUUUGUUCUUUUUUAAAGAUUCUUCCUUUUCUUCUUCUCCGUUGAGCAGUUCAUAUUCAGAUCGGGAUCAUCGAUUCCUCCGGUUUGAUUUUUUCUGGGUUUUCAAUUUUUUAGUGUAAUUGGGUUUCAAAAUUUGGAAUCUGGAGAUCUAAAAUCUGUUUGAAAGUGUUAGUCUUUCAAUUAAAUUCGUCUCUCUGUUUCAUUCUCGUGAUAAAGGCUCUGUUUUUGAAUCUGAUUAUCUAUGGUUGAAGAUCGUACCCAUCUGUUAUCUCGAGUCUUCUCAUCUUCUCGUCCCUCGGAAUCAAACUGGGAUCACAUGUAUCCACCACAAGAAGAAGACUCCCUCAAAAACGGCAAAAGAGCUUUAGAUGACGAUGACGAUGAGCUUAAAGACGAUCUCAGACAUACCAAAUCCCGCAAACUGUCUGAUGAUGACUCACUCAUCAACGACAUCAUCGGCAGAGACAUUUCCAUCAGCUGUCUGAUCCGCUGCUCCCGGUCCGACUACCCCUCAAUCGCUUCCCUAAACCGGAGUUUCCGGUCUCUGGUUAAGUCCGGAGCCAUUUACAAGCUCCGGAGACAGAACCGGAUCAUCGAGCACUGGGUCUACUUCUCCUGCCAGCUCCUUGAAUGGGUUGCCUUCGACCCGGUCGAAAGAAGAUGGAUGAAUCUCCCGACGAUGCGUUCAGGCGAUACCUUCAUGUGCACGGAUAAAGAGUCUCUCGCUGUCGGAACAGACUUGCUUGUCCUAGGCAAAGACGAUGGCUCUUCUCACGUUGUGUAUAGAUACAGCCUCUUGACUAACUCUUGGUCUCCCGGCAAGAAGAUGAACUCUCCGAGGUGUUUGUUCGGGUCAGCGAGCUUAGGAGAGAUCGCUAUCUUCGCCGGUGGUUGUGACUCUCUAGGUAAGAUCAGUGACGUUGCGGAGAUGUAUAACUCUGAGCUUCAGACGUGGACUACGCUUCCCAAGAUGAACAAACCGAGGAAGAUGUGUUCCGGUGUCUUCAUGGAUGGGAAGUUCUAUGUGAUUGGAGGGGUCGGCGGCGGCGAGGAGUACGAUUUAGCGGCCAAGAAAUGGACUGAGAUACCGGAGAUGUCGCCGCCGAGGAGCAAGGAGAUGCCGGCGUCAGCGGAAGCGCCACCUCUCGUUGCGGUUGUGAGCAAUGAGCUGUAUGCUGCGGAUCAUGCUGGUAUGGUGGUGAGGAAGUAUGAUAAAGGGAGUAAGAAGUGGUUUACUUUAGGGAGGUUGCCUGAGAGAGCUGGCUCGGUUAACGGUUGGGGGUUGGCGUUUAGGGCUUGCGGUGAGAGGUUGAUUGUGAUUGGUGGGCCUAAGAGCUCUGGUGGAGGGUUCAUUGAGCUGAACUCUUGGAUACCAACUAGUGGUGGAAGCCCUCCUGUGUGGACAUUGCUUGAUAGGAAACAUUCAUCUAAUUUUGUUUACAAUUGUGCAGUGAUGGGUUGCUGACAAAAAUUUUGAACAUUGAAAUCAAGAUUCUUGGCUGCUUGGGGGAGGUUGAAAGUGGCAUGCAUGCAGCCUUUUCUUAUUUAUUUGGCUAUACAAUUUAAUUCAGUUUCAGUACAAUGGUCUUGGUGGCAUUGUUAGGUUCUUGGGGGUGAAGGAACAGAAACAAGUUUUACAAUAAGUUGGUGGAGAAAGUUCAGUCUUUCAGUUCUGUUAAAAGUUGUUGAAUUUGUUUUCUGAAUACAAUAUUUUUGUUAUGUCUUGGAAAUAUUUAUGUAUCAUUCAUUCUUUUUCAAAAAAUGUAUUUAUUUAUGUUUUAUGUUUCUCAUCUCAGAAAAGAGAAGACUAAGAGCUUUUUAUCCCA